GCACCAAUUUUAAAAAAAUAAUAAAUGGACAUGGUGGCGAAGGUACACGUGUCAACGCUAGACUGCCACCGCCUUCUACCGACCGGUAAUGUUUUCCGGCCUUUGAUUGGACGGCGUAGAGUUGUUGUACAACCUUGCAGGAGCUUUAAGUCUGAGGAUGUGGGCCCGGCUGAAUAUGUGAAGGUGAACAAAUUUGUUGGAGCUAUUAGGUCUGCUGUAUGGAGUUGUUCAAAGCCAAGUUUGAGAACUGAAAAUAAGCUUAGAGAAGCUAUGGAGAUGUUGGAGGAGAGAUUAUUCUCGUUGGCUUUAUAUGUUGGAAGAUAUAUUAUAACAAUGAUGAGCACAGGUGUUGUCAUGUUCGUUGGGUUUCAGUUGUCAGGUGGAGAUAGCCAGAUGAAUGAAUUGAUAUGGUACAGCUGGCUUGGAGGAAUUAUUAUCGGCACUAUGAUAGGAUCCAAUUUGGUUUUGGAUGAAGUUGCUCGAGCUGGCCCCCGUAAUGUCCUUAUAACAGGAAGUACAAGGGGACUAGGGAAAGCUCUUGCGCGCGAAUUCUUACUUUCUGGAGACCGAGUCAUUGUUACCUCUCGCAGCCCUGUGUCUGUCGGUUUGACUAUCGAGGAGCUUGAGGAAAAUCUGAAGCAAGCUUUGAAUGCUGCCACUGGGUCUGCUAGAAAAAAGCUGGCACAUGCAAAAGUGGUUGGUAUCGCUUGUGACGUCUCUGACCCUGUUGAUGUUAAAAAACUGGGCAAGUUUGCUGCAGAUGAACUUGGUUAUAUUGACAUUUGGGUGAACAAUGCUGGGACAAACAAAGGCUUUCGACCCUUGCUGGAGUUUACCAACAAUGAUAUUCAAGAGAUUGUCUCCACAAACCUGAUUGGUUCUAUACUAUGCACUAAAGAAGCCAUCCAAAUCAUGGAAACCCAAAACAAAGGUGGACAUGUCUUUAACAUGGAUGGUGCAGGUUCUGGAGGAUCUAGCACCCCACUAACAGCUGUCUAUGGGUCUACAAAAUGUGGUCUCAGGCAGCUUCAAUCAUCCCUACUGAAGGAGUGCAAGCGGUCAAAAGUUGGAGUGCAUACGGCCUCUCCAGGCAUGGUCCUAACUGACCUACUUCUGAGUGGAUCAACUAUCCAAAAUAGGCAGAUGUUUAACAUCAUUUGCGAACAUCCAGAGACAGUUGCUAGAACACUAGUGCCAAGGAUGCGGGUUGUAAAAGGAAGUGGAAGAGCCAUCAAUUAUUUGACUCCACCAAGGAUCUUAAUUGCCUUAGUAACCGCAUGGUUGAGACGGGGCCGAUGGUUUGAUGAUCAGGGAAGAGCACUGUAUGCUGCAGAGGCGGAUCGACUCCGUAACUGGGCUGAGAGUCGGACACGUUUUUCAUUCACAGAUGCGAUGGAGAUGUACACUGAGAAUACUUGGGUGUCGGUGUUCUCACUCUCUGUAGUUUGUGCAUUCAUCAUAUUAUCUAGCACAGGUAGUACAUAGAGUGGACUUAGAUGCUAGCCUCAAUUGGUUGAGGUGGUUUGGAAAAUAGGAAGCACUGAAUUAUGACACAGCUAACUUACAUCACUCCAGCUUUAAAAUUGAUCAUAAAGAAAGGACAUAUCCAAUUGGAAUUGGUGUUUGCUUUAUCUAUUACAUGCUUAAAAAAGAAAUCAGCUAGGCAUUGGCAUGAUGGUCUCGGUGAAUGAUAUUGGAUGUAUAGGAAUUUGGCCUUAUGAAAUGUAAAAAUGAAAGUAUCAGUAUUCUUUUAGCAAAAAUCAGUGUAAUAACUAUUGUUAUUGAGAUGUUCUGAACCCUGGGUCUCUUCUUCCUUCAGCCUUGUUGCAUUUUUCUUCUUGUUGUGAGAAAUGCUACUUUGUUUUUGUUAACAAAGAGCUUGCCUUGCCCAA